GUCAGGUGCGCCGAAGUUUAUAAAAUUCACAUCCGGUACAGUUGAUGCCAACUUUUUGUUGACAAAUAACACGAGCAGCAUUUUGAGCCACUUCCGUUGACUUGAUGAACAGUUCUUCGGCUUCAAGUAUAUUAUGAAAUGAGUAGUGAAAAGCGCCGGCGAGUAAGGGUCCAGGGAGGCUGGGCUACUUCAUCAGGUCCCAGAUCUGACCAACACAAGCCUAAACCUCACACAGAACCAGCGUGGCUUGGGAAGAAUGUAGAUCAACCUACCGAGAAAAAGUUUGUGUUCCAGAAACCAACAGAGCUUAUUCGGGAAAAACCAGAAGAAGAAACAAUUAUAAAACCAGGGGUAUAUGAUGUAAGUGAAGGGCCAAGUGGACUGUCUAGGUUAAGACUUUUCCCAGUAUUCCUAGACCCUAAAGAGGCUGAUUGGAUGUUUGAUGAACUUUAUCAUGAGUUACCAUGGCGACAAAGAAAUGAUCUCAAGAUAAAUGGAGAAAGCUAUGCACAACCAAGGCUUACAGCUUGGUUUGGAGAUCUUCCAUAUUCCUAUUCUGGCCUGACCUGGGACCCUAACCCUAAUUGGUCUCCUCUGCUGACCAUGUUGAAGGACAGACUGGCAGAAGUGACAGGCUACACAUUUAACAGCAUGCUGGGUAAUUUAUACCGUGACUGCCAUGACAGUGUGGACUGGCACAGUGAUGAUGAGAAGUCAUUAGGACAUCAUCCAACCAUUGCUUCUCUGUCAUUUGGUGACACAAGGAACUUUUUACUAAGGAAGAAACCACCACCUGAAGAAAAUGGUGACUACACCUACAUGAGGCACAUUAAAAUCCCACUGGCUCAUGGCAGCUUGCUGAUCAUGGAGGGUGCCACCCAGGAGGACUGGCAGCACUGUGUUCCUAAGGAAUAUCAUGACCGUGGACCCAGGAUAAAUCUCACUUUCAGGACUAUAUAUCCAGAAUGAUGUAGUUGAAAUGAAAAUGCGAUAAUUCCAAGCUGAAGCUCUUAUUUUUAUCUCUAUCUGAUAAAAGCAUGGGUUUUUGUGAUCUGCUUACAGACCUGCAGUGAGUUUUGAAGCUUGAAAAUGUUAGUGUUUGCUACGUUUUGAGCAUGGUGUACUUGCAAAAUGUUUUCAGUACCUUGUUUUUAUGACACGGAAGCCACAUGUGAAACUGAAAUUGUUUUUAGAAUCUUGACCUUUUUUGGUUUGAAUAACAUUCAAACCCAAUAAGAAACUGAAGAAUGGUGCAGUGUUAAUCAAACAAGACUAUUAAAGUUGUGGAAUUGGGUAAUGGUCUGAGAUUUGAACUCUAGUCAUGCUGUGAUGGUAUUUUUCUUCUCCAUUUUAUUAUUACAUACAUUUUGUAAGCAUGCUGGAUAUGCUUGCAUACAAGUGGGAAUAAUGGUCAUUAAAUUGCUACUUUUUAAAAUUUAGAAAUGUAGGAGAUAUAUCAGUUCUUUCCUUACAUUUUAAGCCUAUGUAUUUUUCCUUUAAUAAAGU